GGAUAUAGGGAAAGGGGAAUACCUAGUCAAUUGUACAACGGAAUGCAUUCAACUGAAAUGUGUGUUCCGCAUUUAACCCAGCCCCUCUGAAUCCGAGAGGUGCAGGGGGCUGCCCUAAUCGAAAACCACGUCUUCUGCUUCCGGGGAACAGUGGGUUAACUGCCUUGCUCAGGGCAGAACGACAGAUUUGUACCUUGUCAGCUCGGGGAUUCGAUCCCGAACCUUUCGGUUACUGGCCCAACGUUACCUGACCGUAUUGUAUUAAGCCUUCUGUGACAAAAUUGUUAUAUAAAUCAUAUUUGAUUGAAUGUACAUAGAAGUCAUGUGUUCCUUCAAAAUGAAAAAUAAUUAUGCGAAUGAGAGCCUCAUUAGCACAACAAAAGGUGUUGUCGACGUUGCAGCUGACUGACUAAGCUAUAAAUCACCAUGCAUCAUAAAUAACUACUCAUUAUUAUUUGUAGAUCAGUCAGUCAGUCACCAUUUACCCAUAAUGCAUCAUGGAUUUGAUGCUCUCGACCACGGCCAUUAUAAGUAGGCCAAAUAUAGGCCUAAUAAAACCAAAUUAGCCUGCCAUACAGGUGAAAACAAGACCAGGUCAUAUUGUUGUGGGGACCAAAAUAUUACAAAAUCGGUACAAAUUCAGUGAACAUAAUGUACGGUCUUUAAUUCAGUGCUUUAAAAAAAACGUAUUACAUAGUAAGGUUUGAUAGUUGCUCUUGGUCAACAUGUAUGCAUUUCAUCAUCAACAACAACAGUGUCACACCCCCGUUUUUAUAGGGCGCUCAGCAAUAUUUAGGCAGUAGGAAUGUUCAUCCCUUAAUAAAGGCCUGGACAAUAGGGGGGAUCUGUCGUAACUGUUGCUGGCGGGCUGGUCAGGUGCAAUGCCGUCAAAACAUCAGCUUUACCCAACACAGGGUCACAUUAUUUCACAGACAAACAGACGCGACCUCCACUAUAUGACAACGCCUCUCCAUCCACAGGGACUAAACCAACAGCAGACCUUAAGCAAGGCACAUCGCAGAUAAUACAGAAGCAAAGGAGACAUCAUAGAGAUUAUAUUAUACUUUUGGAGCUGCAUUCAGUAAUUGGACCUAUACCAACUAUUGUUAUCAGUUGAAUUGGAUCUCUUUUGGUCAGACUACAUGAACAUGAUUGGGAAAACUCUUUUGCUAGUCUGUCUGGCUGUCUUCUUUUCUGCAGCAGACGCAGCGGACCAAUCCAGACUCUACAGGAGGCCAUCUUGUGGGGAUAUGAGCCAAUCCCAGGCAUGCCCGCUCAACUACUCCCCAGUGUGCGGUAAUGAUGGAAACACUUAUCCCAACGAGUGUUCUCUGUGUGUUCACCGGCUGGAAACCAAUGCAGACAUCUUGAUAGUGAAAGACGGAAGUUGCUGAAGAGUAGCCUACUCAAGUACAGAUGAUUCCAUUGUGAAUGUGAUACUAUUAUCACAUUUAUCUUUGAUUCUUUCUGUGAUUGUAUUAGUCGUUUUUUAUGGAACACUCAUGCACAGUACACACACACACAAUCAUUUAUAAUCAUAUUGAUUUGUAUUAAAUCUUAACACUAUCUUUGUAAAGAAUAAAUCGAUUUCAGUCCCAGCUCCUGUGGAAUAUUUUAUCAUUAAAGGUCCAGAUGCUCCUUA